AAAUUUGCUUUUGCGAAUUACAAGGCAAGUGUUGUUGUGUUAUAUUUCAAAGAAUUUGGAUAAUAUUGAUCUAUAUAUAGCUAAUCAAUAAAAACAAUUAAAUUGAAAGAUAGACUUUUUUGUUUCCCUACGUAAUAAACUAAUUUCUGGCAGUUACUACAGAGUAUGUUUUUUAUCACCUCUGUUUCAUUUUAUAUGUGAUCUAACAAAGGAGAGCAAAAGUUAUUGUUUAAUUAAGUGAAAGUCAAGUUCAAAAUGUGUGGUGGGUUUACUUGUUCUAAAAAUGCUUUAAUAGCAUUGAAUAUACUUUAUGUGGUCGUAGCUUCCAUACUUAUAUCAGUGGCUGUGUAUGGGCAAGCCUCAUCCCUCACAACUUUGCCCAUAGUCGGAGGCAUAAUGGCUUGUGGCAUUUUACUGAUAUUGAUAUCAUUGUUGGGAUUAGCUGGAGCUGUAAAGCAUCAUCAAGUUAUGCUCUUCUUUUACAUGGUGAUUUUGUUCCUUCUCUUUUUAGUCCAAUUUUCUAUAGCUUGCGCCUGUCUUGGAGUGAAUUCAGAUCAGCAAGAGAUGCUUGCGCAACAGGGAUGGAAUACAGUUGAUCUCGAUAUGAAGGCACAGGUCCAAGAAAGGUUCCAGUGUUGCAGUUUCAAGAGCAGGACCAUUGCACCAAAUACAACUGUGGACUAUCCUACUUGUGAUGUUGUUGAUAAAAUUUGCUGCAACGGUUGGCCAGUCACAGAUGAUUGUAGAUGCCAACCAUGUAUGGAGAAAUUAAAGGAAACAAUUGACUAUGCAUUCAAACUUUGUGGUGGAAUUGGAUUGUUCUUCAGCUUUACUGAGUUUGUUGGUGUGUGGUUGACAGUAAGGUAUCGCAAUCAGAAGGACCCGCGUGCUAACCCUAGCGCAUUUCUUUGAAUGGUUUCUGUGGACUAAUCUAAGUUAUUCGCCGUAUGGAUCGCCCGACGAUAUCGCAACCAGCCCGACCCUAACUACAAAGAGCCGCAUGCAGUGUUCCCAAGGAAAAACUAUUUAUAUUAAACUUAUAUAUUCUCCUUAGAAUAUCUAGUAAAUGUUU